GGGAGAAGAGGGGAGGAUGCUGCGGAGGAUGCGAAGUUUGUGCUGGUUGCUGCUGCUGCCGCUGGUCGUGGGAAUCCAUCCAGAAUGCAAGAUAUUCCAGCAGGUGGUGAAAGAAGAGGCACUCUGCUUAGAAAGGAACGAAUCUGCUUCACCUGAUCUUAAAGGAUGCGCCAGAGAUUGGGAUGGUCUCAGCUGUUGGCCCAGAGCUGCUUUGGGGGAAAUUGUUAAAAUUCCUUGUCCAAGAUUUUUUGAAGAAAUCACCAAUAUCCAUGGCUUCCUUCAGAGAAACUGCACACAGGAGGCAUAUUGGUCAGAACCAUUCCCAUCAUAUGCUGUUGCCUGUGGAUUUGAUGAAGGUUCCAGCAAAGGUCCUGAGGAUCAGAAAUCAUAUUAUUCUGCAUUUUGGCGUGUCUACACUGCUGGCUAUGCAGCAUCAGUGACUUCACUCAUUACAGCUCUAAUUGUCUUUGCUGCCUUCAGAAAAUUCCACUGUACACGGAAUUACAUCCAUAUGCACCUGUUUGUCUCCUUUAUCCUGCGAGCAAUUGCUGUUUUCACCAAAGAUGCUGUUUUGUUUGCAGAUGAAACUAUGGACCACUGCCUGAUGUCAACGGUAGCUUGUAAGGCUGCAGUGGCAUUCUUCCAGUUCAGUAUUUUAGCCAAUUUCUUCUGGCUUCUUAUUGAAGGAAUAUACCUUCAGACACUGCUUUUGCUGACCUUUGUUUCGGACAAGCAAUACGUGUGGUGGUUCAUCUUUGCUGGCUGGGGAGCUCCUACUGCUGUGAUGCUUACUUGGGUCCUCACAAGACUCCAUCAACAAAACACAGGAUGUUGGGAUGAUGACGAAAAUGGAGUGGUGUUAUGGAUCAUCAAGGGCCCCAUUCUGUUAACUGUGUUGAUUAACUUCAUUAUAUUUAUUAAUGUCAUCAGAAUUCUAGUCCAUAAAUUGAAAUCUCAAGAAGGUGGGGGGAGCAAUUCAAGCCACUUUGUGAGACUUGCUAAAUCUACGUUGCUCUUGAUCCCACUCUUUGGAGUGCACUACAUCGUAUUUGCGUUUUUCCCAGAAAGCACUGGUUUGGAAGCUCGACUUUACAUUGAGCUAGGCUUGGGCUCCUUUCAGGGCUUUUUUGUUGCACUUCUAUAUUGCUUCUCAAAUGCGGAGGUUCAAAGUGAACUCAAGAAGCAGCUGUGCAAAUGGCGGUAUCAAGAAUACCUGAGCUUCACACACAAACAGGGGACUGUGUCCAGAGAAAACAGUCCAGUCAACUAUGUAACUCAGUUAUCACUGCUUGAAAAAAACAGUCCAAAAAGGAAAACAUCUGCCUACCAGAAUGGUGUAACUUCUGUUUGAACUUAUCUAGCAGGCCGAGUUGCUGUGAAUGCACUAAGACAUGGCUGGUUUGGAUUCUUCAUGGCUUUCAAAGAUUCAGUCAGUCACAGAAUAACUUGUGUUGGAGGGGACCUUAAAUAUCAUCUAGUUCCAAUCCCCCUGCCAUGAGCUCAUUGCCAGCCACAAGAUUAGGCUGCCCAGGGACCCAUCCAACCUGGCCUUGGGCACCUUCAGGGAUGGGGCACUUUCUGGACAGCAGUGCCAGGGCCUCACUGCCCUUUGAGUAAAGAAUUUCUUCCUAACAUCUGACUUAAAUCUUUCCUCCUUUAGUUUAAAGCCAUUCCCACUUGUCCUGUCACUAUCAAGUUGCAUAUGAAAGUCAGUCCCCCUCCUGUUUAUAUGCUCCCUUCAAGUACUGAAGGCUGCGCUGAGGUCUCCCUGGAGCAUUCUCUUCUCCAGGCUGAACAAGCCCAACUCCCUCAGCCUUUCUUCACAGCAGAGGUGCUGCAGCUUUCAUCACCUUCAUGGUAUCCUCUGGACCAAUUCCAUGUACUCCAACUCACUCCAACAGCUUCCCAUAGCAUCAACAGAUUUCUGAAAAUUUCCCAUCCUGAAUGUGAGCUGCUUUUCUCACCUGGUACAUAUUAACAUCACAACUCUUGUUCCCACUCUCCCUAAACACACAAAAUCCCGUUUCUUUUCGUUGUUAUUGUGAAACGAGAGACCUAUAGCUCCUGGGCAUCAAUAGAAUAACACUCAAAUCAAAGAAGCUACGUUCAUUUCUUUCAAGUUCAGCACUUUUGUCACAUCUUUGCCAGUGUUUCCUGAAAUUUCCAGUUUUCAGCAGUUCUGUAAUUAAUCUUCAUUUGAAAGAGUUAUAGAGUGGCAAUGGCUUGCAAACAAUUACAUUAUCUGCUUGUUGUUGUUGUUGUUUUUUUCUUUUGUGCCUGUACAAUGGAGAGAUUAAGUCAGGCCAGAGGACCCCAAACCUUCUCCAUGACAAAAGCUGAAGUAACUGAAGAUUAGAAAGAUUAUGUGUGUACAAAGGAAGAACACACAGCGAACCUUAGGCAAUAUCCCAGCUGGUCUACCUUGAGCUCAGAAUAAUUUACAAACCUUGUGUUUGAUCCUCUUGUAGCUGCAAUAAACCUUAUGUUGUAAUAUCCUUGAGGGUUAGCUGGAUCCAUCAAUUAAAUCCACAGAUAAACUGUGUUUUUGCGAGUUUUUGGGCCCUCCUUCGGAGGAUGAACUGAUCUUCUGUGAUUGCUGUGUUGAUUUCACUUCUGCCUGCCAUUUCUCAGCUCAUUACCACUCCAAUUAAGAAUGUUUUUGAGGUCAGAAGUGAUGCAGAGUAUGGUCUAAUAAAUCAGGUCAAAUUAACGCUGUGCUAAUAUCACUACAUCACCUCCAGGGUGGCCUUUCUUCUUCUGUGGGACUGAGUUGGGCUCUACAUCAAACUCUCCAAAGCAGCGUACAAAAGGUAUACAGAACACAUCUGUAGCUUAUUACAAGGUAGGACCAUUCCCAAAAGUGCCUGCAUCCAAUCUUGAAAGCACUGCUAGAGAUUCUAGCCAUUCAAGUACAGGCUACACAUUCCAUGAGCUGGAAUAUCGGUUUAGCCUCAAAAAGUAGAGCUCUCGUCCCUUUUUGUUGUUUGACUGAACUCUUGGUUAUUUUGGCUAGGAGACAUUUGACUUUGUGGAAAACUCCUGAUUUUUUGCUUCAUCUUUAGCCUCAAGGCUACAGCAGAGACAAAUGCUUCUAUACACAUAAUGCAGACCGCUCCUUUAUUGCUUAGGCAUGUAACUCCUCGUUCCCAAUGAAUCACAUGCCUUGCACAAGGUGUUACCUCGUCUGUUCUGAUCACGCUAUUAGUUUUGCUUGUAAAAGUGAACCUUGCUCCCAUGAUAAGUGCAUGGUGUAGCAUCGUGAUUUGAACACAGCUGUGUAAUUUACAUCUAUAAAAUAUAAGUGAUAAU